AUGCAAGAGGAGGAGGAGGAGACAGCAAACGGUCGUUAUGUCGAGUUGAGACGGGGCGAGAAAGGCGCGGCACUUUGCAAGGCGCUGUUGAAGGGCGACCGCGCCUCGUGCAGCACCAACAUCACCGAUCGCCGUCCGAGCGAUAUAAUGGCCAAUGGUGAUUGCUAUCGCCGAUUGUCGAAUUCAUCGUCCGCAUUGUACGGCAGUUGUCCACAGCUAACGCAGCAUUGCGAUUUAAUACAGCAACACCAGCAACAACAACAACAACAACCACAUUGUCCACACAUCAGCGCCAGCGAACAAGUAGCGCAACAAGCGAAACAGCAUUAUCAGUCGACACAUCAGCAAACACGUCAAUACUCGAGUUUAGUACGUACCCGCCCGUCGCGCAGUCCAGUGCUUUCGCGCACAACCAAGCACAGCGCCAAAGCCGCGAAGGAGGCGAGUGCAGUAGAUGCGUCAACAGCAGCAGCGACAUCGACUACGACGACAGCAAAAAACGCGUCUGCCGCGAAAUCAACUUCUUUGGCAUUUGUGUCCUACAAACCGACGGCACUCAUCCCGAAAAUCAACCGAGCGCAGCAAUUGCAGCAGGAAUUUACAUCGUCCAUCGCCACACCGGCCGUGACCGCGACGCGUUAUUUGUGUCAGCGUUGUAGAUACAACAAUCAACCAAUCACUUGGUGGGUCUCCUGCCCGCGCCUCUCCAAUUUGGGCUCAACUCUGAGCCUGCAACAAAGCGCCACUGCCGCAACGGAGCUACAACUACAACAGCAAACAAAAACUCCAGCGCAGCCAGCACAAGCAAUACCACAGGCGCGCGUCGCCGGCAGCAACUACGAUUAUCAACAGCAACAACAACACCAACAACAACCCGCCCACGCCAAGUGA